AAAAAUGUCACUUACCACAUCACUCCAACUGUGGUCCCUCGAAAACGAUUUCUACCACACAAAUUUCCUAAAAUCCACUGACCUCAGUAUCCACCCUUCCUACUCCACUGACCUAGACCAACCCAUAUUCUCCAUGUUCAUCACCCACUUAAAAUCCUCAGCUAGCCAAGCCUGGGCAGUCGGCAUCUCUAAGCGAAGAAUAGUAGAUUUGUACGUACAGAUUGGAAGGAUUCAGAGGAUGAUUAGGGUCUUGGACAGAAUUUAGGAGUGGGACUGUGGGGAGUCUGACUGUGGUCCAGGUGUGGAGGAUGGAGAGGGGGUUCCCGAGGAGGGUGUUUAGGGAGAUAGUGAGGGUCGUGAGUAAGGGGAUCAGGCAGUGAACGUUUGUGAGAGUGAGGAUGAGGGAGAAGCAGAUGAGGGUGGUACUGGGGAAUGUGGAUAGGGUUAUGGUGCUGACGUUGCAGCAGUGAAUGGUAGAGGAGAUUAAGGGGACGUCAAUGGUGGAAAGAGAGUUUAAAACUCAGACUAUUGUGUUUCAGGGAUGUAAGAAUUGGAAGGGUGAUGGUUGGAAAGAGGAGGAUGGAGUUUUUAGAUCGAUUUUGGAAUAUAUUGAGAAAUCGCAAUUGAAGGAGUCCUUGAAGUUAAUCAAUGUACAUCAAGAAUUGUCUAGAGAGUAUGCAGCAAAGAUUAAGCAAGGGCUCGAUCUUCCUGGUAUCAGAAUCAAAUUUUAUGAUACUGAGGAUGGCUCUUCAUAUUAUGCAAAAUAACGAAUCUUCCAUCAAACAAUACACAUGCAAAGAUCU